GUUCCCGUUUGUGGGCUGCAGUGAAGUGGCCAAGCCACACUAGGCUGAGGAUUGGCACUAAGUUUGUUUUGCAGUUGCACUGUGGUGCUGGGUCUUGAACCCAGGGCCUCAUGCACGCUAGGCAAGCACUCUCUCACGGACCUGCAUCUCCAGCCUCUCUCAAUCUCUUACUGUCCUCUCUCUGAGCUUGUUUUGACAUGGCUAGGGGAGAAAACAGAGGAAUGCCCGAGAGAGGUUGGACAUAUAGCUGAAUAUUUUUCAUCAAGGCCAAGCAUUUUAGUAUGUAAUGAUCUGGACCAAAAUAGAGGGAGACCAAUAACUAGACUGUGAAUUCAAGGGCAUUCAGGCUCAAGUUCAGGAAAUGGGUAAUGAGCAUUUUACUUGGACAGCCCAGACAGUAUCAGCAGUUUUAGUAAUGGAGGCCCAGCCGCAUUUAGGCAGGUAGUGCGAGCAGAGGGUCUGGGCCAUGUCAUCCUCCAUUGUCAGUCUCUGACUCCAUCCCAUCCCUUCCUUGCCAUGCCUGCUCCCCAUCUGUUUAUGUCUGUUCUUGGGUCCAGGGGCUACGAUUUUAAUGUACAAAGCUUGCCUGCUUAAAUAUUCCUUCACCAACUGUUUUUGAGACAGGGUCUCCCUAUAUAGCUCAGGCUGUUCAGGCUUAUUCUUGAACUCUUGCCUUAGCCUCCUAAGUGCUGGGAUUACAGAUGUGUAUCUCCAUGCCUGGCCAAGGGGAUGGGGGCAAUAAUUUUAGAUACUGCCUACAUUUCUUGGUUAAAAGGUAUGAAAACAACAACAAUGGAGAUGCCAGUUAGAGGCGCUAUGCCAUGUGCUAGGCUCUGUACUAAGUGGUGUAUAGGUUUCAUUUUAAACUCAGCCCUCUGAGGCAAGCAUCAUUUUUACCUUCUCUUUGACAGAUGAGCAAAUGGAGGUUCUACUGUAUGUAUCCACUAAUUGCAAGUUGUCUCAUCUUAAUUUUCAGUUUCAUUGUCAGCACCUGAUGCCUUAAAAAUCAUAACAGAAAAUGACCAUAUUCUUCUAUUCUGGAAAAGUCUAGCUUUGAAGGAAAAGCAAUUUAACGAGAGCAGGGGCUACGAGAUACACAUGUUUGAUAGUGCAAUGAAUAUCACAGCUUACCUUGGGAAUACUACUGACAAUUUCUUCAAAAUUUCCAACCUGAAGAUGGGUCAUAAUUACACGUUCACUGUCCAAGCGCGAUGCCUUUUUGGCAGCCAAAUCUGUGGGGAGCCUGCUGUGUUGCUCUAUGAUGACCUGGGCUCUGGUGGAGAUACGGCAGCGGUUCAGGCUGCCAGGUCUACUGAUGUUGCUGCCGUGGUGGUCCCCAUCUUGUUCCUGAUCUUGCUGAGCCUGGGUGUCGGGUUUGCCAUCCUGUACACAAAGCAUCGCAGGCUACAGAGCAGCUUCACUGCUUUUGCCAACAGCCACUAUAGCUCCAGGCUGGGUUCCGCCAUCUUUUCCUCAGGGGAGGACGAUGAAGAUGCUCCUAUGAUAACUGGAUUUUCAGAUGACGUCCCCAUGGUGAUAGCAUGAAAGAGCUUUCCUCACUAGAAACCAAAUGGUGUAAAUAUUUUAUUUGAUAAAGAUAGUUGAUGGUUUAUUUUAAAAGAUGCACUUUGAGUUGCAAUAUGUUAUUUUUAUAUGGGCCAAAAACAAAGAAGGAAAGAAAGGAAUGAAUAAACUUUGUAGUUUAAACUGUGAACUUCAAGCCAGGUUGAUUUUAAUAACCACAUUGCUUUGACUUGACAUUGAUGUAGUCUUACAGGGCUGUGCUUGCUGGGCAUGCUUUUAAGUCUGUGAGAUAAUUUUGGUUCAAUAAAUUGACCAUUCUUUUUAUUUUUCUAAGACACAGAAAUGUAUUUAAUAAAAACUUCAAGAGAGAGUGAUGGGUGGAAUCCCUUCUCCUUGAAAGUGUGUUCAAAUUUUAAAUUUGGGUUGGAUUUAGCUGAUAUGAACGUGUUUGAAUGUCUUAAGGGGGUUCUUUUAUGUAGUUUUGUUAAUUUAUUGGGACUCUGUAUAAGGCCAGGCUUUAGUGGUCAUCUACCACUGCACAUUUUCUAAGCCCCUCACCUACAAGGUUGGAGGAUGGGGAACAAAGCAUUUUGUUGCCAUUCCAGAAGCCAUCUACCUUUAUUCACUUGUGUAUCACCUAAUGGUCUUUGGCUCUGAGUCCUCACUAGAUUUCAGUUAAACAGAGCUAAAAGCCAUGGCUUCUUCUGUUCUAUGAAUUGAUAGGAUUUUACUGUAUCUGCCUUUGUCCAGUGUGUAGCUUUGAAUGCCACAGAAUGAUAACACUGCUUUCCUAUACACUGGGAUCACUGUCCCUGUCAAAAAUUACUCUGCUUGUGGGAGCAAAAAGUUCCAGAUCUGGCAAAUUUAGCACCCCAUUUCUCUAUUUUCAAUUUCUUUGUUGUUUUCAUACCACCAAAGAAUCUCAAUUGUAAAAUGUUAGAUUUGGGUUAAGGCUGUCACUGUAUUGUUCUUAAAAAUCCAUUGUGAUGUGUGCACUCAUUUUGAAUUUGGUCAGUGCCUUCUCUGCUUUAUUUUUUUUCUUUCUUCCCACCUCCCUUGCUGGUGUCCCAACCCAAUCUGUAGAGAAAGUGCUGUACACCCUCACACCUAGAGGUGAGAUAAACAUUGGACCACUCCAUCCAUUCCUCAAGCAGCAUCAAUUCUGAAGUUUCUUAUUGUUUUUCCCUACUAAACAAGCUGUGUGUUUUUUCCUUCUGUCAUUAAAAUACUACCUGUGUAUUCAAGUCAUGGUCACUUGCAAGUUAGGUACAAUCCUGAUGGCCAUGCUUUAGAUUUAGUGGUGUAGGCACUGAUAUCUGUCUAGCAUUAUUGUGACGUGUCCUGUAUAAACAACAUCACAGCAGCAUUUCCUUCUAGCAGAGAAGCAGUGAGCUUGGGAAUAUUCCAAAAUCAUGCCUUUGAACAUGUGUCCUUUAUAUGCAAGCUUUGUAAAACCAUGUCUCCCCUUCCUAUAAUAUGUUACCUUCUCACAAUGUUUGGUUUCUUUUAACCAAAAGUAUCAUUCUUGGGUGGUAAUAUAGUUUGAGUCUACCUAGGGAUUGUUUGGAAAACUAAGUAAGAGCUGAUUAAUUGUUACAGUUUUUUGAAUUUAUAUACAUAGACAUUCUGUAUACCAUUGCGGAUAGGGUUCCUACUGUUGAAAGGUGGCAGUGAUGAACCCUCGCCCAGCUUAUUUCCUCCUCUUUCACUCUCCUUCGUACUAGACCAGAAUUUCUUUGACUUUAUCUUGUCUUAUUUUGGAGUUUUGUUCAAAUCUCCAGGCCCUACCACCUCUGCUUUAUAAAACUGUUUAAGUAGCUGAAAGAAACAGUCUGGUGGGAGGCAAGCCAUUCAAUUGAACUACUAGAAAGUAUAUUUUCUUCUUUUCUUUUUCUGCCAACUUUUUGGUGAUGUUUGUAAAAACUGAAGUGGAAGGCUCUGUGGUGUGAUUUUCAACUAUUCCAUAAGCAAGCCUUUCUACAGAGCACGUCUCUGGUUGGCAACCUCAGAUAUUUCCCUGCAAUUACCAGUGCCUCCCAGUGCUCAGUGCACAGUACUGUAUGGACUGGCCAUCACCCCUCUGUCGGAAGAUGCCACUGUGCUGUUUGAAAACAAGCAGCCUUUUAGGGCUGGAGUAUUUUAUAUAAACAGAAGAGCUAAGGUCCCGAAGACUAAGCCAGACAGAUGCAGCUAUGUGUAAAUUGUAUAUUUUUAUGAACUUUUGAAGCACACACUCUACUUCCCUCUGCGUAGCUUUGUGUGGGGGGAGGGUGUUGAUGUAUUAGUGCCGUCUGCAAGAAUCCAGAGAUUGAAGUGACAAUAGGAAAUGAAAACAAAUGCACAGCCUUUGAAGGUGACCGGAUAACUCUUCACUGUGACCACUUGGAUCCUCCGGUUGCUUGCAAAGAAGGGGCUUUUGUACCAUAUUGGAGAUGCCACCUUGAAAGUUCCCAUUGUACAGGAAAAAGGUUUGCUCUGUCCCAGAGUACACUGGAUGCCAGAUGUUCUAAUCCCUGUGAACCAUGGUGGACCACUAAAAGUUGUUGGGCAGGAGGAUGGUGUAUAAGUUUUCUCUGAAAGCUCAUUUUGCCCCUUUUCUGUGUUGAACACCCCUUGAUCUCUGUGAGACACGGGUCCAUGUAGGUGCAAUGACAGAGUAGAGCAGACUUCCUCUAAGAACACUUGGAAGUGAGAAGGCCUGUUGCCAGACAGGUGGGAAGCUCUAGUAACUGCUGGUUGGUGGGAAAGCUGGGGAAGGUGUGCUUCUGGGCAACUAUUUGGAACUUCUGGUUUUUUGGAAGAUUGACUCCUGGGUUCCACCUCUGGUUAUGUUACUAGGGAUAUUUGUUUGGCGGGCUGGGGUUGGGGAGGACACACAGGUCAUGUUCCCUCCUGCCAAUCAUGUGUGGCCUGCUAGAUGAAGCUAUACUCUUCAGUUCAGGGAAUAUACCCUUCUCAAAGCACCAGGCUUUGGGGAGAGCAGUGGUAUGGUGAGCCCAUUUAUAGGUGAGCAUCUGCCUUUCCAUGCUCAUGUGUGUUCACUGCAUCUAGAAAGAUCAUAUUUCCAGUACUUCCUGAAGGGCCCAAACACCAUACUGUUGGGCUUGGUUGAUCCCUCUUUCACUAAGGGGGUCACGAAGAAUUCCUAAGAAUUCUCUUCCUUCACCAGAUUGUUAGGGGCUUCCUCGGAGAAGAGAUCCAGAGAUACAACCAAACUGAACACCAUCCCCAUAAUGAUGUUACGAAUUGACUUCAAAACUCUGCAGAAUCUUCACUUUUGUUGGGAUUAUAGCUUGACAUUCCUAUUAUGUUAUUUUUUUGAACUGGAGUGUGUGCUGCCUUUCAGGUACAAUUUUUGUGUAAUAAAAGCCAGUGCAUUAAGUUUAUAUAGACUACUUUCUAUGCAAGACUGAGAUGGAAUAGAUAGCAAGAACUAUGUGCUGGUGGGCACUUGGGUGAGGAAUAUGUUUUCAGAAGGAAUACCUCUGCCAAACAUGGACUGAGGGAGGAUGGGUUGUAUAUAUGUUUCUGCCCACUAAUUUUGAGCAGCCAUAAUGUGAAUUAAAUCAUCAGAGCCAAGUAAUAACCCAAGAAUGGUAUUAAUUUCAUGUGUGAGAGCUCAGAUGGAAUAAGCAUGAAUGCCGAAGUGAAACAUCAUCCUCAGAUAGGCCCCGUGACUUCUCAUUUAAAGACUCUUGUUAAGAAUUAGUAGAAGCUUUAGGCAAAGUCAUAAAUAUUUGCAGCAAAAUAAAGGCCUGUUCUGCUCUUUAUUUAAAGUGAAACACUGUAUACUUGUUUCUCUCCAAAGUGAAAUUAGGUAUUUAUCAUUUCAACUGCCUUGGUAAGGUUCCAAGUUACUGAUUUCUGCUGAAGAUUUUACUAUAUUGUUGCACAAUUUUAAGAUAAUUUUGUCUCAAUGUCAACUUUUUUCACUGAAUAAAAAUUUAACUGGGUCAAAAAACAGCUAUUUGAA